AUGAACACUGCUGCCUCUAGCUGUGCCAUAUGCAACAGUGGUGCCAUGCGCAACAGUGGUGCCAUGCGCAACAGUGGUGCCAUGCGCAACAGUGGUGCCAUGCGCAACAGUGGUGCCAUGCGCAACAGUGGUGCCAUGCGCAACAGUGGUGCCAUGCGCAACAGUGGUGCCAUGCGCAACAGUGGUGCCAUGCGCAACAGUGGUGCCAUGCGCAACAGUGGUGCCAUGCGCAACAGUGGUGCCAUGCGCAACAGUGGUGCCAUGCGCAACAGUGUGCCAUGCGCAACAGUGGUGCCAUGCGCAACAGUGGUGCCAUGCGCAACAGUGGUGCCAUGCGCAACAGUGGUGCCAUGCGCAACAGUGGUGCCAUGCGCAACAGUGGUGCCAUGCGCAACAGUGGUGCCAUGCGCAACAGUGGUGCCAUGCGCAACAGUGGUGCCAUGCGCAACAGUGGUGCCAUGCGCAACAGUGGUGCCAUGUGCAACAGUGGUGCCAAUUGUGCUGUGCACAUGCUUCGCUUGA